GACACCUAAGGUUGUUACAGAAGCUGAUGUUAUAACAGAGACCACUCAUAUCACAUCUCAAGCACCUGAAGUUAUGGUGAAGACAAAUGAAGCCAUGUCAGAGACACCAGAAGUUACAGAUCAGACACCUUUGUCGAUAUCUGAACUGUCAGAGGUGCCUGAGAUUGUACCUGAAACACCUGACAUUCAUUUUGUCCAACGGCAACCUGCAGAGGAUGACACCCCAACUCCUAUCUUGAAAGUGGAAGAUAUCACUGUUGUACUGAAUGACUUGACAACUACUAUUCAAAAGACUUUCUCCUCCACAUUACAAACCUUGCCACAGGACAUUUCCAAUGAUAUUUUAGACGAAAACAACAUGAUUGGAAAUGAAAUAGAUGACGUUGUGGUCCGACCCAUACGUCCUAUCGGAGACCAUAUUGUGGAGCUGAGUAUUAAGCUAAGAGGUAAAAGCUAUGAUGAUGCUCUGAGAGAUCCAUCAAGUUACACCUAUCAAAAUCUAUCGGAGAUGUUCAUUGAUAAGAUUGAAGAGGUUUUUGAAAAGCUCCCAGGGUUCAAGAAAAUAUUUGUCCUUGAAUUCAGGCCACAGAAGGACAUUGAAGGAGGCCUAGCAGUUGUGGUGCACUACGCUGUGGUUCUUGAGGGCGAUGGUGCGGGAAUAAGUAAUGAGACCAUGGAUUACAUAAACUUGCAUUUCAACAUGGUUGAGAACCCCUUCACAGAUCCCGAUGAGCUUCCCACUGUGGUCUACACAAUCACAGACUUACGAAACUACAUCAGCGAAGCCCUCCACAAGGAGAAUUUCAUCAGAAACACCACUCUGGAUGUGGACCCUGAUUCUUUGCAACUGGAAAACGUGGAGACAUUGCUGCCUUCCAAACCAACCAGCAGACCGCUUGACUCCAAUGACAUGAUGGAUAAUGUUCUUGCCUCUGAGAAACCACCAGAUGUUCCUGGGCAGGAAUUAUCCAACAAUGACAUCUUCAUUGGAAACAAUGACUUCCUUAACCCUGUUCACACUUUUGAUACCUGGAUGGAUGGACAAAAUAAGGACACAAAUGCAAAUGAUGUGAUCAUCUUUGAAGAAAGUACCACUCUAUCUCCCGCAGAAGUGUCUUUGAAGAAUUUGGACAUUGAGAUUAUGACCUCUAAAUCUGAGACCUCAAGCAGUGCACCUGCUCCUGCUGCGGGGUACGAUGGUAUUCUUGAAGAAGAGGGAUUCUUACAGACUGCAACUACAGUGAGUCCUAACACAGGCACGACAACUGGAGUUGUAUUACUUACAGAGUCACCUCCCAAAAUAGAAGAGACACCAGUUUCUCCUGUAGAACCUCCUGAUGUUGAGGUGACUUCUCAGAGUGAUUUUAUAGACCUGGGCUCGGGCUCAGGUUUCUCUGGGGAUCACCUAGGUCCUGACAUCUGGCCUUGGGUAUCAGGAACACCACAAGUCUUGACGGAUGAUGAGGAUAAUGAAGACGACGAGGAUGAGGUACACCAACCUCGGGAAACUCAUGAAUCUUUAGAGGAACAGCUUAAACCUCCUCACCAAGAUUUUCCACCUGAUGAGACAUUCUUGGACAGGGUUCUUGUGACACAAGACAUUCGUACCCAUCCUCACUAUACAACAACUGACCAAGCCCCAGUUUUUUUGACUAUGGAGACUUUGACUGUCGAGCUUUCUUUGCAGACCCAAGUAGCCCCUGAACAAUAUGACUAUUUUCCAGAUGAAUCUACCACCGUGGGCACACUUGUGACCAAUCCACCCUUGCAACAUGUCUACACUUCAGCAGAAGCUCAAGAUGUAGAUGCAUCACAAAGUCCUGAUACAGUCAGUUCACCUACUGAUAGAGACUAUACAGAACUACUUGUUACGCCCACUGUAAUCCCACCAAGCACGGCAGUAGCUACGAAUAAGUAUACUACUUCAACAGACAACAAACAGAGUCAGGAAACUGUGGGUGCAUCAGUUGCAACAAAGUCAAGUGAAAUCCCUCAAACCACGCAGUUACCUGUAAUCCUAGACACUGAUACAGUUUCUGAGGAAGGUUCUACCACUUAUUCAGAAGCUGUUGAGCCUGUAACCAAGGGGAUCACAGAGUUACCUGUACUCAUAUGGACAGAGGUGGAAGGAUUAGAUGAAGAAGUCAAGAUUCUAGAUGAGAAUAUGGAAAUCAUUGGGCUUGUGCCUACCGAAAACCCAGUGACUAAACUCUCGGAAGAGGAUUUAUUUGGGGAUGAGAUCUUGGUUGCAACAACAGCCCCAAUAACAAUAGCCACUGAUGGACCAAGUUUAGAUCAUUCAGUUUCCCUGUCUCCUGAAAAGGACUCUCCAUUCACUCGGAUAUCACAUUCAUCAAUAGAUGAGGAUGAACCUGUACCAGAAUCAACCACAGAACCUCUAUCUACCCAGUCAACCACACAUUCAGUUCUGCAAGAGACGACUUCAGAGACUCCAACUUAUGCGUUGCACACUUAUAUUGCAACUACUGCAGAGGAGCCUGUUUCAUCAGAGAAUGUUGACGAUGGGAGUUCAACUACAAUAUUGAAUUCAUCCACAAUGUCUCUCAUUCCAGAUGUUUCAGAACAUUUGGAGACUGUUAGUUCCACCAAGGUACCAUCAUUUUAUAAUCCAACGUUCAGACCUACCGACAAGAUAGUUAAUCCUGGAGAAACUUCAGACAAUUCCAUACAAGAACACACUGUAGGGUCAAGAUCUGACAUCACAGGCUUCACCCUACCUACCGAACUAUCAAUCCAAAGUUUAGAUCAUUCAGUUUCCCUGUCUCCUGAAAAGGACUCUCCGUUCACUCGGAUAUCCCAUUCAUCAAUAGAUGAGGAUGAACAUGUGCCAGGAUUAACCACAGAACCACUACCUACCCAAUCAACCACGCAUUCAUUUCUGCAAGAGACGACUUCAGAGACUCCAACUUAUGCGGCGCACACUUAUAUUGCAACUAUUUCAGAGGAGCCCGCUUCAUCAGAGAAUGUUGACGAUGAGAAUUCAACUACAAUAUUUAAUUCAUCCACAAUGUCUCUCAUUCCAGAUGUUUCAGAACAUAUGGAGACUGUUAGUUCCACCAUGGUACCAUCAUUACAUAAACCAACGUUCAGACCUACCGACAAGAUAGUUAAUUCUGGAGAAACUUCAGACAACUCCGAACAAGAACACACUGUAGGGUCAAGAUCUGACAUCACAGGCUUCACCCUACCUAACGAACUAGUGAACUCUGACAGUACUACUAUGAAAGUUCCUCCUCCAGUUAACCCCAAUAUAACAGAAUUUGAAGUUUCGUUCGACAUCUUCCCGUUUGAUGGACCAAGCCAUGGCGAAGAUGAUGGUAGUGGGUUCGCUCGUGAGACUGACUUGGCUAGUAUUGCCUUGCCAGCCAGUCCUGGAAGGGCAUUAAUAGUGUUUUUCAGCCUCAGGGUCACCAACAUGAUGUUUUCAGAAGAUCUGUUCAACAAGAGCUCUACUGAGUACAAGGCUCUUGAGCAGCAGUUUCAGGAGCUGCUCGUGCCAUAUCUACAAUCCAACCUCAGCAAUUUCCAAAAUUUAGAGAUCUUAAACUUCAGGAAUGGCAGCAUUGUGGUAAACAGCAGGAUGAAGUUUGGCAAGCCAGUUCCCAAUGGAGUGACAACAGCAGUGUACUUGAUCUUGGAGGACUUCUGUAAUACCGCAUACCAAACCAUGAAUCUAGCAAUAGACAAGUAUUCAUUGGAUGUUGAAUCAGGUGAUCAGGCUGAUGCGUGUAAAUUCCAAGCGUGUAAUGAGUUCUCCCAGUGUUUAGUCAACCGCUGGUCAGGCGAGGCGGAGUGUGUUUGCAAUGCUGGCUAUUUUAGCGUGGACGGGCUGCCAUGUCAGAGUAUCUGUGACAUACAGGAAGACUUCUGCCAGAAUGAUGGGAAAUGUGACAUCAUACCUGGCAAGGGAGCCAUCUGCAGGUGUCGAGUCGGUGAAAACUGGUGGUAUCGAGGCGAACACUGCGAGGAGUAUGUGUCAGAACCACUGGUGGUUGGCAUCGCCAUUGCCUCGGUCGCAGGGUUCCUCCUCGUGGCGUCGGGCGUGAUCUUAUUCCUCGCCAGGACUCUGCGAGACCAGUAUGACACGGAUGAUUCAGAAGACCCUUUACGAUUUGCAGAGAACGUGCCAUCUCUAGAAAGAGCUACUAAGUACAAUCCCAUGUUUGAAAGCGAAGCAACUACGGGCUAUAGUCGGUACUACCGCCGUUACCCAGAUACCCCUGCGUACAGCACCGGCAGCGCUGAGAUCUCCACGGACUUCAGCAGUGAGGAAAUACGACACAUUUAUGAAAACACUGAACUUACGAAAGAGGAAAUCCAGGACCGUAUUCGAAUUAUCGAGCUGUAUGCCAAGGACCGCCAGUUUGCUAAUUUUCUCCAACAGCAUCAAGGGGCACUUGAUGCCAGACGAGAGAGCUCUAGUAAUUAGAGUUGCAGACUAAACCCAAGACACUUGCCUUUUUUCUUGAACGCAAGAAGAUCUUCUGCCAUGGUGGAGGAAAGUUUGCGGGGAAAGUAAACGGACUAAAGAUUUGAUUUGAAUCAUUUAUGGAGAAGUGAGCAACCGUCACCAUGAUGGAUGAACAGAUUGUGAUCUAAUGUAGAAAAGCGAUGUAUUUGUGACUAUGUUUACUGUUUUUAACAAUGGGCUGAUUUAUUGCUGCAAUGUCAAGGCCAUAUUUAUUAACACGUUAGUGACGCAUACAGUAUCAUGUCAUGUGACCACACCAGAUAACACAACUAUACGUCCGGGCAUCAUGUUUGUUCCUCUCUUUUGCGAUGGAAAGCCUGUAUGGUUUUUCAUUUGUCAGUGCCUUUACUUUGAUUCUUACUCGUCGUUUUUAUUUGCAAUGUGAGACGUAAUUGUCUUGAAACACGGACUGACUGAAGAGAGAACGUUUCGCAAUAGCUAAACUAUUAAGUGUAGGCCUAGUUCCAUAUUUAUAUUUGCAACUUUAACAUUUUACGUUUUUGGCCCUUGUGGUUAAUUUUAUUUGUGAUUGUCCAUACAUAAUUGAAUUCAACUUUAGGAAUGUGUUUUGUGUUUAGUGACUCUCCUGCAGUGGUAAUUUUUUCUACUUUUGUAAAACACUUGCCACACACACACACACACACACAAGUAUAUUAAAUGCAUGUUAACGUCCAUUACCACAACAGAUUUGUUCUAUUCAUGUAUAUUUUUAAUUUGAUUGAUUUCCACUAUGAUUUUCAUGGUUGGUCACAGCACAAGUUCUAUUUUUCCGAAUAAAGAAUAGUGCACAAUGAUUUGAUUUAAAUGUAAAUAAAUUUUGUCCAUGUUA